AUGAGUGAUUCGAAGGGCAGUGAGAUCCACCAGGAAGUUCAUGAGAAGAACAUAACGGUCGGUGGUAAUGCGGCAUUCCACAACUAUAUCAACGAUUUUGCACACAUCGAGGAUCCUUUGGAAAGAAGAAGACUGGCUUUGCAGAAGAUCGAUGACGCGAGCUUUGGUUGGUACCACGUCCGUGCGAUUUUAGUUGCGGGUGUUGGUUUCUUGACCGACUCAUACGAUAUUUUCGCUAUCAAUUUGGGUAUCUCGAUGAUGACGUACGUUUUCUGGGGUGGUAACAUUCCAAGCUCUACCUCAACUCUAUUGAAGGUCUCCACAUCUGUUGGUACCGUCAUUGGUCAACUUGGAUUCGGUACCAUGGCUGAUAUUGUUGGCCGUAAGAAGAUUUACGGUCUUGAAUUGAUUAUCAUGAUUUCUGCAACUGUUUUGCAGUGUACUGUCGGACCAGCUCCAGGUGUUAGUUUCCCAGCUGUUUUGACUUUCUACCGUAUCAUCAUGGGUAUUGGUAUCGGUGGUGACUAUCCGCUAUCUUCCAUUAUCACCUCUGAGUUUGCUACCACCAAAUGGAGAGGUGCCAUCAUGGGAGCUGUGUUUGCUAACCAAGCAUUUGGGCAAAUCGCAGCAGGUAUUGUUGCUUUGGUUUUGGUUGCCGGCUACAAAAAUGAUCUAGUAGGUGUUGCCAAUGGUGCUGAAUGUGGCGCUGCUUGUAUCAAAGCCUGUGACCAAAUGUGGAGAAUCUUGGUUGGUUUGGGUGCCGUACCAGGGUGCAUUGCUUUGUACUUCAGAUUGACCAUUCCUGAAUCUCCACGUUACACCUUAGAUGUUGAUGCUAACGUGAACAAGGGUGCAGCUGACAUUGGUAAAUUUGUCUCUGGUGAAAAGGGUGAUGCUGAAAAUGAUCAAGUGGCACGUUUGGAAAGAGCCCCAACUGCUGUCGAGGCUGUCGAAAUUCAAACUCCAAAGGCUUCUUUCAAAGAUUUCUGCCACCAUUUCGGCCAAUGGAAGUACGGUAAGAUCUUAUUGGGUACCGCUGGUUCUUGGUUUUGUCUGGAUGUUGCAUUUUAUGGUUUAGGUUUGAACACUGCUGUUAUCUUACAAGCCAUUGGUUACGCUGGUAAUGGAGACAUCUACACCGUCCUAUACAACUCUGCUGUUGGUAACUUAAUCUUGAUCUGUGCCGGUUCGUUGCCAGGUUACUGGGUUUCCGUUUUCACGAUGGAUAUUAUUGGUAGAAAGCCAAUUCAAUUAUUUGGUUUCUUCAUUCUUACCGUGUUAUUCUGUGUUAUUGGUUUUGCUUACCACAGACUAUCAGACGGCGGUCUACUAGGUCUAUACAUUGUCUGUCAAUUUUUCCAAAACUUCGGUCCAAACACUACCACUUUCGUCAUUCCCGGUGAAUGUUUCCCAACUAGAUACAGAUCGACUGCUCACGGUUUAUCCGCUGCAUCUGGUAAAGUCGGUGCAAUCAUUGCUCAAACCGCUUUGGGUACUCUAAUUGAUUACCAUUGUCACAGAGACGGUUUGAAGAAGAACUGUUGGUUGCCUCACGUUAUGGAGAUUUUCGCUCUUUUCAUGUUGGUUGGUCUAUUCACUAGUCUGUUAGUUCCAGAAACUAAGAGAAUGACUCUGGAAGAAGUCACCGAGAAAUACCACGACGAAAUCGAUCCUUCUGCUUACGGUCGUUCCGUUGUUGGUAGCAACUCUACCUCCGCCGGCUCCACAAUGUCGGAACAGGUAUAA